AGGAAGCGGAUGGCCGUCCACUUAAGGCAGACGGCCGUCCAAGGGUGGCCGUUGGGACCAGAUGGUCGUCCAAGGGUAGCCGUUGGGGGCAGACGGCCAUCCACCCUACCCAAACGGUCGUCCAUGAGCGACCGUUAGGGGCAGAUGGCUGUCCAACUACACCAGACAGCC